AUGAGCGUUUAUAAUAUAAAAACGUCAGAUUUCAUAAAUUUAUCUAUUACAAAUUCUAGUCAGAACACAUAUUGCGUAGAACGACGAUUUCAAAAGGCAAUAACAAUUGAUGAAUUUAAGGGAAAAUUGGAACUUGUUACUGGUGCUAAUUCAGCCACAAUGAAGGUUGUAGUAUAUGACAAAAAUGAUAAAUUAAUUUGCAAAUUGGACGAAGGUCAACGUUUAUUAGGAUCAUAUCCUAUUGAUGAUGGAAUGCGAAUACAUCUUUUUAUGUUAGAUACUGUAAAAGCAUUUUUGGAAAAAAAUAAAUUAGGAAAAUAUAAUGAAGAAGAAAUGAAAAGAAAAGAAGAAGAAAGAAAGCAAGAAGAAGAGGCAGAAGCAGCAGCUGCUCAGUUAUGCAAUAUUGGAGAUCGUUGUGAAGUUUAUGUACCAAAUCAACCAAAACGAAGAGCUACAAUUAUGUAUAUCGGUAAAACUGAGUUUAAGGAAGGUUGGUGGGUUGGUGUAAAAUAUGAUGAGCCACUUGGUAAAAACAAUGGAAUGUAA